GUAUAUUGAACCUGGUUAAAACAAACAGGUUUAUGAUGAAAAUUGAAAGUAGAUAGUACAAGGUCUUCGCGAAACUAUCGAUAAAUAUUAAGUGAAGACACAAUAGGUCUUAAUUUAUUUGGAUAGUUUUUAAAAAUUUCAGUGUGAAUGCAUGACACAUGAAGUUAGUCAGUCUAACAGUAAAACAGGAACUUUCCACACCAGUUUGUUGAUAAUCAUAGUGUAUCACGAAUCGAAUGAAGUUCCAACUCAAUAAAUUCGUGUUCAUCGAUAGACCUGAAAAUUGUACUUUUUGGACACAGGCGGGAACAAGUAAUUAGUGUUCCCAAAUAAAGAUAAAACUACUGUUUUAUUUACUUUAAUAAUAACCCUUCAAUCAUUGUCUCUUCGUGUUCACGGUUACCUUCAAAACAAAAAUAAAACAAUAAAUAACUAAAAUUACAUAAAUUAACCAAAUAAAAUUUGUGAAAUAUGAAUUCGAAAAUUCGAUCUAACAAACCCUCAUCACUAUAAUUAUGUGCUCAGUAGUGAUUAAUACCCAUAGACUACUUCUGGAGUUCAACUAUUUCUAGGGCAAGAUAAUUAUUCAUCGAUAGGGUUGGAUACUGGUGGUAUAAUAUCGCAAAUUGACUGAAAUUUAUAGUAUAAACCAUUAGAUGUCAACUGAGUAAUCCGAAAGUUAAGGACUCGCCACGAGGCUCAAAGGUCCUGAGUUCAGCUCUCAUAGAUGCUCACAGACGGGAAGUUCCAUAUUUGGACGAAACUAAUGUCCACUGCUUCCUGAUUCUCCAUAUUUGUAUAUUACGAUCAGUCUGUGAUGUAUCUGACAUAAUUCAUUAGUUUCUAUAAGCGCCUCAACUAAUACAUUAUUUCUUUUCAGAUUAUUAUUGGAUUGACUUAUUUGACUUCAUAAUUUGUACAAGACAAGUUCAGUUGCUAGCCAACAACCAGGACAUUCAUCAUUAUCUAAAAUGAAUACAAAUACAAAACAUACUAAUCAAAUGAAUAAUAAUCCAACACAUUCAUGUAAACAACAUGUAACAUUGUCAAAUGCACUAGAUUUAUUUACUGGAAAUAAUAUAACAAGUGGAAGUGUAGGAGGAAUUGGUAGUAAUAGAAAUAGUUUUAGUAUUGCUGGAAAUAAUCAUUUGAAAAAAUUAGAAGAGACAACACCAGUCAAUAUUGUAUUAAGACGUGCAUCUAGUGAUUCACCAUGGGGUUUUCGUGUUCAAGGUGGCAGUGAUUAUCAUUUACAACUAACAAUAUGUAAAACACAAUCUGGUAGUCCAUCAGAAGGUAUAUUACAAAGUGGUGAUGAAAUUUUAUCAAUUAAUGGAGAAAAUGCACGAAUUUUAAGUCAUGAAGAAGCAACACAAAAAAUUCGUUCUGCUGGUACUGAUCUACAAUUAACUGUAGCAAGAAGACAAACAUGUGAUCUAAGUGAUAUUCGACCUAAAGGAUUAUUGAAAUUCACAGCUCCACAGAACAAUAGACGUUAAUUUGUUGUUUGUUUUGCCCAAUGAUGUAAUCAGUUUCAGUUUCAACUUACAAAUAUUCUUCCUUUUUGUCUUCUUUUGUUUAUUUCUUCGAAUUUUCUGUUACUGUAUAUCACAUAGAUAAAUGAUAGUUUGAAUGGUCUUCAUUUGUUGUCAUUAAUGUUGAGAAUCAUUGUUCAUUGUAUUCAUUGUUGUUAGUUUGUAAAAGGGUAUAUGUUUUUGAUGUGUUAUUUUAAUGUUAUGACAACAGAAAACCCUAUUGAAAAUAUGCAAACAUCAAACUUGUUCAUAUGAAUUUAGUAUAAAUAUAUUAGAUUUAAUAUA